UUAUACUUCCGGUAAACUCACAAAAUGAGUACGGUUGCAAAUCAGUCAGAUCCCAGACGGCCUAAUAAAAUUGUGAGGUAUAAACCACCUCAAGCCGGCACCCCGUCAGAUGACCCAACACCAGACUAUAUGAAUCUCUUAGGCAUGAUUUUUAGCAUGUGUGGACUUAUGAUGAAGUUAAAGUGGUGUGCUUGGGCCGCAGUAUAUUGCUCUUUUAUAAGUUUUGCCAAUGCCAGGACCUCAGAAGACACCAAACAGAUGCUAAGUAGCUUUAUGUUGUCAAUAUCAGCAGUUGUGAUGUCCUAUCUACAAAAUCCUCAGCCUAUGACCCCACCCUGGUAGAAGGGAGAGGACCACUAUGUAAACGGGGGGAUAAUUUCAUAGGAAGCUGACAAUGCUGUCAAUGUGUUGAAAAUGAUCAGGCAUUGGCAACUUGUAAAAAUGAAAUCAUUUUUACUUGAUUAAUGACAUUUUCAGUAGAACUGAAAGAGUUUUACAUUCAUUAAUUCAAGUAGACAUUGUGUAAGAUGGCUUAGUAGAAGAGAAUGUGAGUGUAUGAAAGGAGGAUUGCACACCUUGUUUGUAAUUUUUAUGAUUGCAUUUUAAAUUGAAUUGUUUUUUAACAUAGUCUUGUGCAAUAAAUUGAAUGUUUUCAUGCAAAA